UUUCUUAGCCAUCGAUCUCUAUCCCUUGCAACUUACCUCUUGUCUGCUACCCUCAGUCAUUCCGCAUCUAUACCAAAAUAUACUUAUCAUGGCCGAUGGGGAUCCGUGGACGCAGCGCCUUCGAGAUCAUUGCCUUGCGAGAGGGUUACAGGAACCAACCUACACGGAUCUUUCUGAUCGCCGUGGAGGCCGAACAGCCUGGUCAACCAUGGUCACCAUCCAUGGUUCCAACUUCCAGGCGAGGUACUGGUACGACAUCAAUUAUCUUCCCAAUGCGAAAGAAGACGCCGCCGAAAUCGCGCUGCGAACUCUGACUGGGACUACGAACCCAAGUCAGUCACCGCCGCCGGCAAGCCACUAUCGAACCAUUGGAAGUCGACAGGACUCAGUUGUGAACGCUGGGUAGCUUAAAUCACUGUUUCUACUAUCGAGAAGCAUCCGCUGCGUACUCGAUCUCUCUUGGUGGACCUGUCAAGCCUCAAUCGCUCCUUUAAUCACGGUAGAAAAGGGUCGGGAAAGAGUGUUGUGAUAUGAAUAUGGAAGGAUCAUGGAGGGCGGCGGCUUUGUCAUUUAUGUUGUGUGUCUUUCUGAUUACAAAAUCGUUUUCAUGUUAUUACAAACAUGAACACAUGAAAUUGUACUGUCGUCGCUUCCGCCACUGCUCGUUGGUGGUACACUAAACCCUAGCGCGCUUGUUGAACUGACGUCGCUUCAUCAUGAAGCGUCCUA